AUGACAAGUCGCUACAAACCGGAGCUCAUGAGGUUCAUGGCCUUCACGAACGGCGUGGCGUACAGCGGCGACUACGUCUUCACUAUGGGCGAGCUCCUUAACAUCACACCAGAUCACGUCUGUCGCUGGAUGAACCAGCAGGCUUACGGCGACCCAGAGCCAGAUGAAUCCAUGAAACCUAUUCACCGUCGCUCAAGCACGCUUGAGUUUGCUAAGAAAGCUAUAUCAUCUUUUAUGCCGCGAAUAAAUACAACAUCGGAUCCUGUGAACGAACGCGGUAACCCAACACGCUCGGACGCUGUGAACAAGCUGAUCAAGAAGGUGAAAAAGUUUGAGGUACUUCUGAACUUACUGCUUUUAGUUCGGGCUCGAUGGAAAUCGGAUGACUCAUCAUACUUGGUUAGCAGUGUGCUAACACUGCAGUGGCAUAUUUGCGCCUGGAUUGACGACAUGAUGAAGUUGCAAUUCGCAAACCUCUCACCUAACACACAAUACCCUUCCACACUACUUUUGCAGAUGCGCAGAUCAUUAUUGAUAGCCUGGAUCCCAAGAUGUGUGUACUUCUCAACCUCGCUGUCUUUAUAG